AAAACUUUGGAUAGAAAGAACCAAAAACAAGCAGAGAAAGGGGGUGUUUGCAAUUGGAAAUAGUCUUUUCAAUUUUUGUCAUUUAAUUAAAAUUUUAAAUUUUAAUUUUGAAAAAUGCCAAUUUCAAGAAUUGCGGUGGGAAGCCCAGCUGAGGCUAGUCAGCCAGAUGCCCUGAAAGCGGCUCUAGCUGAGUUCAUUUCCAUGCUCAUUUUUGUUUUUGCUGGUGAAGGCGCUGGCAUGGCUUUCAGCAAACUAACAGAUGGUGGGUCGACAACACCAGCAGGACUUGUGGCCGCAUCCUUGGCCCAUGCCUUUGCACUGUUCGUAGCGGUAUCGGUAGGGGCUAACAUUUCAGGGGGGCAUGUGAACCCAGCUGUGACAUUCGGUGCAUUUCUUGGGGGUCAUAUAACAUUGUUGAGAAGCAUUUUGUAUUGGAUUGCUCAAUGUCUUGGAUCAGUUGUGGCUUGCUUGUUGCUUAAGUUCGCUACUGGGGGACUGGAAACAUCAGCAUUUUCACUAUCAUCCGGUGUGACAGUAUGGAACGCACUAGUUUUCGAGAUAGUGAUGACCUUUGGUUUGGUUUACACAGUCUACGCUACAGCCGUGGAUCCCAAAAAGGGUGACUUGGGUAUCAUAGCACCCAUCGCAAUUGGUUUCAUAGUGGGUGCCAACAUCUUAGCCGGUGGUGCCUUCGAUGGCGCGUCCAUGAACCCAGCUGUGUCCUUCGGUCCCGCCGUAGUCAGCUGGACUUGGGACAGCCACUGGGUCUAUUGGCUUGGCCCCUUCAUCGGCUCCGCAAUCGCGGCUUUGGUCUAUGAACUCAUCUUCAUUUCCCCUAGCACUCAUGAGCAGCUCCCCACCACAGAUUACUAAGAAUUAUUGAUGUCCGUAUUGAAAAUAUAAAAGAUUUUCGCAAAAUGAAAUACAGAUGUGAAAUCUAAUCUUUUGAAUGAGAGGUGAGAUCUAAUAUAAGAUUCACUUUCUAUCUCGCAUCUGUGCUUUAUUAUGUUACUUUUAUGGUUUCAAUGCUGUGGGGGGUGAGUGUUGAGUGGUGUUGUUUGCUUUCAUUUUCAGCAGUUGAGAGUUGGUACAGGCCUACUGGCUUUUGUUUCUUGUGAAAUGUGAACUUUGUCUUGUUUUUUUCUGGAAUCAAUAACAGAAGAGGUAUUUUCAUUAUUA